AUGCGUUCGUGCGGGCGAUCCACAACGGUGUCGGUGGUCGUCAUAGUACUGUUAACCACCGGCUUGCAGCUGCUCGAUGGAGCGCGGGUGUUCGGUGGUGGUCGGCUGGUGGGCCGUAUUCGCGAGCGACGACUGGAAAGGAUACGCCAACGACAACUUCUGCCACCGGAGGAGGACUUCUACAGCGACUUAGCUGAGUUCCCCGACGACGAUGCGGUUCCCCAGGCUGACGCACGGGAAGUUCCAACCACAAUGAACGAUCGCGGUAAUGGGAGCUCAACGACGGAGGCUUCCAAAAAUGGCGACGACUACGUAAUGGAUCCAGAGGAUAUGGUCGACGAGGAGCGGAGACCUCCGUCACCGUUGCCAAUUCCAGUACUGCGUCCCAACGCGCGCCGUUCGGUGUUCGAGGAAAAGAUAUUGUUCCGGUUUUACCAUGACGGUAACCUGACCAAGAUGACGACCCUCUCCGACGGUGAUCGACUCCUGAAUGGCACCGAGUGCAGCCCCGACGAGCGCUUCGCCAUCAUCGUACACGGGUGGCGCGAGAACUGCUACGAAGUCCCGUGGGUGGCAGACCUCCGGGAGAACCUCCGGAAGUACCGGGGUGGGUGCGUCGCCUGCGUAGACUACUCGGCCUUCUCGAGCGGUGGCUACGGGGGACUGGUGGGCCGAUUCCGGGACAUCCGGGACGUGCUCCUUCACUUCCUCCAGCAGCUACGCUACGAGGGCGUCCAGUUCGAGCGGCUGUACAUGUUCGGGUUCAGCUUCGGCGCGCAGCUCUCGCUGGACGUCGGCAACCAGAUCGGCUCGAACGAGCUGGAAGCGAUCGACACCUGCGACAUGGCCGGGCCCGGCUUUGACAGCGAUCGGAUGUUCAAGCAGCGCAACUUCCACUCGGCGGCCAAAAACGUCCAGUGCAUCCACACCAGCAUCGACAAGGGCACGAAGUUCCCGAACAAGUGUCACCAGAACUGGCGCAUGGGAGUGUGUGGGCUCCGGCAGGCGGCCGCCGGUCCGCCACCACUGGGUUCGCACGGACUCUGCCCGGUGUUCUACAACCUAGCGUUCAAGUACCAGUUCCUGGCGCAGCCGAAACCGCUCGAGUGUGUCGCCGUUGGCGAGCAGGCGAACUAUCCGCGCAACUACCGGAUGGGUUACAUGGAAGAUCGUCGCAGCGAGGUCCGCGGGGAACUGUUUGCCCUCACCUCGGACGUGUAUCCGUACACGGUGUUCACGAAUCCGUACAACUUCUUCGAGUACUUCUGA